CCCUCAUUAUCCUCCUCCACUCAUUCAAUCGCUUUGCAAUGGAUCAGAAUUUCUUGCAGGCAAAUUCUGUGACAGAAAACGAAGCAAUUAACCCGCAACAUGUCGCCGACGAUGCCGAUGUCGAUACGGUGGUGAACGACGCGGUCGAGUCGCCAUUUCAUGAAGCUUGUCGCCAAGGUCAUGUCAAAGUAGUAGAGGCGCUUCUUAAGGCCAAUCCCAAUGUUGCUUCAAAACGAAACGCCGACAAACUCACUGGCUUUUCACUUGCUUGUUCCCACGGCCAUCUCGAUGUCGUGAUCCUUUUGUUAGCUGAAAAUGGAGCCUCGAGCUACGAGGAAGAUGUCGGCGAACAGAGUUGUAUUCAUGUAGCGGCGUCGAAUGGGCACACGGAUGUGGUGAGAGAGCUGGUUAAUGCGAGUCCAAAAUUGGCACACUUGGUGGACUCGAAUGGGAACUUGGCGUUGCAUAUAGCUUGCAGCAAAGGGUUGAGAGAAAUGGCAUGGACGUUGCUGCAACGCGAUGCGAAUAUGGGUAUGCAGUACAACAACAAUGGGUACACGCCGUUGCAUUUGGCUGUCAUGAAUGGCAAAGUUGCAAUUCUUGAAGAAUUUCUGUCGUUGGCUUCUUCAUCCUUUUACCAAUCUACAAAAGAGGGAGAAACCAUCUUCCAUCUCGCCGUUCGUUAUGGCCGGAUCGAUGCGUUGGUUUACUUGUUCCAUGUCUGUAAUGGAUUGAACCUAUUGAACUGUCGAGAUCGUUACAGUAACACUGUUCUUCAUGUUGCUGUUGAUGCUCAACGUUAUCAGAUAGCAGAGUUUUUGAUCAGAAAAACAGGGGUGGAGAUAAAUUCCCGGAAUUACAAAGGACAAACCGCCCUUGAUAUACUUGAUCAAAUCGGAGACACGCCGGAGAAUCGCCGACUGGAAAGUUUACUGAUUAAAUUCGGUGGCCGGAGAUACUCCGAAGUGUUAUCCCCUUCACAAUACACCGACAUGUCUACCAUUUAUCAGACCAACGCCGCCGCUUCCUCCUCCAGCCCCUCCUUGUGGAGCCACGUGGAUGGAAGAAGCCAAGAACUAGUCGUCCCAACCAUGAUUCCGUCGGACUCAAAAUUUGCCGAUCAGUUUUCGACUAAAUCGGAGGCGGAAAAAAUACCAUCCCCUGUUUUAACCGAUCACGACCAUAAAAUUAACUCCCAUGUGAAACGACACCGUGUCAAAACCUACAUGGAGGCAGUCCAAAACGCGAGAAACACGAUUGUUUUGGUGGCGAUUUUGAUCGCGACGGUGACAUUCGCCGCCGGGAUAAACCCGCCCGGCGGAGUGUACCAACAACAAGACGAGAAAAACAAAAGGAAAGUAGGGCAAUCGACGGUGAGCGACACGUUAGCUUUCAGAAUCUUCAUGGUGUGUAACGACGUGGCAUUGUUCACGUCGUUGGGGUUGGUGAUCGUUGUGAUCAGCGUGGUUCCGUUUCGACGGAAGCCGCAGAUUGUGAUGGUGAUGGUAGCGCAGAAGGUGAUGUGGGUGGCGGUGGCGUUCAUGGCGACAGGGUACGUGGCGGCGAUUUGGGUGGUGGUACCACGCGAUGAGGGUAUUGGGAAUUGGGUGUCGGUGGUUACGGCGGUGAGUGGGGGUAUUUUGGGAGUAGUAUUUAUUGGAUUGACUGUGAUGUUGAUCGAGCACCAUGUGCAUAAAUCGAAGAAACGAAGAAGAAGAAGAAAUGGAAGAAAAGAAAAUUCAGCCAAGACGGAAAGUCAGAAUUCGGAUAUUGAGAAUUGUUAUGAAAGAGGAUAUCGCUCUUUCUAAACUGUAAAAUAAUCAAAAUCCCAACCUUUAUAUAUAUAUACCGUAUAUUUUCUCUCUUAUUCUUUGUGUUCAUCUAGAUUGAAUAGGUAAGUUGUUGUGUGA